UGUUUCCUAAACAGCUCAGUCUUAUUUCGUACGAGUAAGAAAUAAUGAUGAAACGUAAACUUAACGAUGGUAGAGGCGCACAGAAUCCCGAGCAAAAGCGACCAAGAAGCCAGACCAGUUAUAUAGGAGAUCCACGACUGAUCCCACGUGUAAGACAGUAUUUGAAUGCUCAGAAGUCAAAAAACGUGAAUCUGCGGUCGAUGGCAGAGGACCUACAGACGCAGUAUGGAGAAUAUGGAAGAAAAAAGAAGAAUGCAUUUUAUAAAUCUGUAGAAAAAGCAUAUGAAUUAAUAAAAGGAAAAGAAGUUGAUAAUUUGUCCAGGCUGGAGCAAAAACAUCUAAGCAAGCGUAGAACUUCAUCCUCGAGCGAUUCAGACUCAGGUUCUGAUGUUAUUGCGGAUGACAGUGAUGUCAGUUUUUCUGAUGACAACCCCAACUAUAUAAACUACCAGGACUCCAAUGCUAUGAACAGCAUGAUGGCAAGCAUUUACAGAAACAUGUCAGCACCUAGCACGUCCACCAUGCCUCCCUUAUCUCUUGGUCCUGACCCCCUCGUCUUAGAUCCUGGGUACAGGAGUCCACCCUCGGCUGGGGCGGAUGCUUGUAUCACUAUAGACGAUUCCUCAGAAUCAGACAGAGAGGUGGCCUCCACCAGCCAGGGUCCUGGCACCCCCUUCUUUUUGGACCGAGUGGGAGACAAACCACAGUCAAAGAAGGACACUGACUUUACUGAUCCCAGUGCCCAGGGUAAGGCACCUGAUGUGUCUGUCUGUCAGUCACCUGCUCCCCUUGUAGAGGUACAACAGGGGGGUCAGAAGAGGGAGAGGUCUGAGAAGACAAGUAGUAAGACAGAAGUCAGCGCCAAGGGAAAAGAGACCGAGGAUGUGAGCUCAGGGAGAAAAACUCCUAAAGCAAAUAAAAUGAAGAAAUCCAGUGCUGAGGGAGAAAGAAAGGAGAAAAAAUCGAAGUCAGGUGCAGAAGUGCAGACUUCCAGUGUGACCUUUGCUGACGUUGGUGGAAAUGAUUCUGUAUUGAUGGACAUCUGUAAGUUGCUGGUACACAUGAGACACCCAGAGGUCUACCGAAAGCUAGGAAUCAUCCCACCCAGGGGAAUUCUGCUGCAUGGACCCCCAGGUUGUGGGAAAACAUUGCUUGCUCAUGCCAUAGCGGGGGAGCUGAGUUUGCCCUUUUUGAAGAUAGCUGCCACAGAAAUUGUAUCUGGUGUGUCUGGGGAGUCUGAGGAGAAAGUCCGGGAUUUAUUUGACCAAGCUGUGGUGGCAGCACCUUGUGUUCUGUUUAUUGACGAGAUUGAUGCCAUCACUCCGAAAAGAGAGACCGCGUCAAAAGACAUGGAGAGACGAAUUGUGGCCCAACUCCUCUCUUGUAUGGAUGAUUUGAACAAGAAGGAGGAUGCCCAUGUGCUGGUGAUUGGAUCAACAAACCGCCCGGAUUCCCUGGAUCCAGCCCUGCGCAGAGCCGGACGGUUUGAUAAAGAGAUCUGCCUGGGAAUUCCAGAUGAAAAAGCCAGGGGAAGAAUCUUACAAGUACUGUGUCGUAAUUUGACCUUGAGCCCAGAUUUUAACCUUGAAAGUAUUGCCAAGAAUACCCCAGGUUAUGUAGGAGCUGACCUCACUGCACUUACAAGGGAAGCUGCCAUGUUAGCUGUUAAUAGAGUCUUUAAAAAUCUGCAGCCCCAUGCAAGCCAUCUAAGACAGGCAUAUGACCAAGGACUCUCCUGUAGCUCUAGUACUGAGAGAGAGGUACCAGAAAACCAGAGGGGGAACACCAGUGAACCAGAAACCAGGUCUCCAGAUCAACCAGAAAUUUGUAAAGACACUGAUAAGUCAGAUUCCACAGAAACUAGUCACAAAGAAAUGGUAGAGAAGAAUAGAGAUUUGUCUGUACCUGAAAAAGACAAUAAUAGUGAUAGUGUUAAAGACAGUAUAGAAAUUGAUGUGAAUACCAAGGGACAUAACUCAGGAAGUGUUGACAAGGGAGAGAACUCAAUUGACUGUUCACAAAUUCCCUCCACAUCACAAACCACAGAAAAUCAACAAAUAAACGUGCAGUCACACAUAAACACCAGUCAGGAAGGAGAAGAUCCGAAACUAGAAUACUUGUUACAUCUACUGAAGAACCAGCCUCCUCUGACAGGAGAACAGCUCCAGGGAAUGUCUAUAACCAUGCAGGACUUUGAGGAGGCCAUUAAACAUGUCCAGCCAUCUGCUAAAAGAGAGGGAUUUGCUACAAUUCCUGAUGUAACCUGGGACGAUAUUGGAGCUUUGAAAGAAGUUCGAGAAGAUUUAGAACUGGCCAUUCUUGCACCUGUUCGGUAUGCUGACCAAUUCAAAAGUCUGGGAAUUAACCGAGCUCAGGGAAUUUUACUGUCAGGACCCCCCGGCUGUGGCAAGACUAUGUUGGCAAAAGCUGUUGCAAAUGAAUCGGGAAUAAAUUUUAUUUCUGUGAAAGGACCUGAACUUCUGAAUAUGUAUGUAGGUGAGAGUGAGCGAGCUGUUAGACAGGUUUUCCAGAGGGCCAGGAACUCAGCACCUUGUGUCAUCUUCUUUGAUGAAUUAGAUGCCCUCUGUCCUAAACGCUCUGAUGGAGGGGAGAGUGGCUCCAGUGUUCGUGUGGUGAACCAGCUUCUGACAGAGAUGGAUGGGUUGGAGGAGAGAAAGCAAGUGUUUAUUAUGGGAGCCACCAACAGACCAGAUAUCAUAGAUCCAGCCAUACUAAGACCUGGUCGGCUAGACAAAAUUCUUUUUGUGGGACUACCUUCAGCAGACGACAGGGAAGAUAUACUGAAAACAAUCACCAAGGGAGGAACCAGACCUUUAUUGGCAGAAGACGUGAAUUUAAAAGAGGUAGCAAACAACCUGAAGUGUGAAUGUUAUACAGGAGCAGAUUUAGCAGCUUUGGUGAGGGAAGCAUCCAUAUGUGCCUUAAGAACUGUAAUGAAGAGUUCCCAUAAAGGGGGACAACCUGUCACAGUCAGAAAAGCACAUUUUGAUGAAGCUUUUGUUCGUGUCAAACCUUCUGUCCAGGAAAAGGAAAGAGAGAAGUAUACUAAAAUGCAGCUAAAUUUAAGACACUGAGUGUAUCUAAGCCAGUGAGAGGAUAAUAUGGUCAAACUGAAGAUGUAUAGAUUGCAUAUAAAUCUCCCUAUUUUGAGAAGAAUUAUUAAUGUGUUUAUUUUUAAUGAUUUAUACAUAACAUCCCAAUUGGAAUGAGAAGUUGAACUUCAAGUAUGUACAAAACCUUUUCCCUCAGAGGAUAGGUAGCAUUUUUAUCAAAAUGCCUUGAAGACAGUUAAGUUUUAGGAAACAGAGCACUUGAUAUUUUGAAUAAUAUGAAACUGAUAACUCUAACUUGAUUGAGCAAAUGAAUAAUAGCUUUUGAAAUCAAAGAUACUACACAAAUUCAGAAUACCUAGUAUUGUUAAAGAUUUUUUUUAGAGUUCAUAUCAAUGUUUGAGAUGAAGUUCAAUUGUACAAUAAUUCUGUUUAAAAAAAUUAGGUAUGUCAAACAGUAUGUCUAAUGAUAACCAACCAUAUUUUGUAAAAUGUUGAAAUCUUGUGAAAUUUAGAUAUAGUUUUAUCCAAGCAUUUUAUAAACAGAAGCUGCGAAUAGUGUGUAAACAUAUAUAUGAUUCUAAUUCAGUAUAGCUAUUUUAUUGUGUAAUCAUGCAUUUUUUCAGGGUUGACUACAGAAUGCAUAAAUAAUGCAUACAGCAUAGCAUAAGCCUAUUUCACUUUGGUAUUAUAUCAUAAGUUUAAAAGUUUUUUCCUAGAAGAUAUUGAGAAAUAUCUCAAAGAUAAAAGCAUGGUAUAGUUACACAUUGUACUG